AUGGCACAACAGAUGGCGCCGAUGAGCAUGGGCGGGGUGGUGCGGAGGCCACAGGCGGGCCACGCGCGCAAUCUGGCCGCAAUUGCCCCCGCGGCCUACCGCCCCGGUGAGCAGCCCCCUCCGGGGCUCAUCCUGCCCAACCAGCGCCCGCCGCGGCCGUCAGGCCCCCCGGGAUCCCCCCAGCAGCCGCCCAGACUCAUCGUGCCCGGCGGCGAGUCGCGAUCCCCGCCGCAGGUGGCGAUCGAUGACGACGGUUCAAUCAACAAGACGCCGUCCAAUCGCUACCGCCCGCCGCCGGGCUUCAUGGACGAGGAGAGAUUACAACAGGCGGUGAUGAAGGAGGGCAAGGUGCCCGGGAAUGCGGAUGCCAUGCUACAGCGUGUAAGGGGGGGCGUGGGCAAGUGGCACGAGCGCGCCGCGAUGCUGGAGCCGCUGCGCGCGGCGGGGUUCGACGGGUCGGCGCUGGAGGACGCGGCAGGGGUGCCGCGCAAGGAGCAGAGCGUGAUGCGCAUCGCGGGGGACAUCCGGGAGUCGCUGAUGGGCGGGGCGAUCAGCGAGGAGGCGCUGAGGGCGUACGACGUGGACGGCGCGUAUUUCAUGCUGUACGAGCUGAGGUUCCUCAAGGCGGAGCAGCGGGCGCGCGGCGCGCAGUACAUCGCCGACCACGGGCUCGACCCAAGGGAAAGCAUGGAGCUGGCUCGCGCCAUCAAGGAACAUGAACGACGAAACGGUUUUGAAGAGGGAUUCUCCGAGGCUGCUGGGGACUGUCUGGCCUUCAAAUAUUUCAGAAAUGUCUUGGAGUCCAGGCUUGCUGAUGAGCAGCAAGAACUUGCACAGAGGGGUAUCGAAGUGGCAGUGACAGAUGCUGCUCGUGAAAGAAUGGAAGACUUGAUUGAUGAGCUCACAGAGAAUGGUGUCGCAAGGCCACAGACUGCCAGGCUUGCCAUGUUGCGCAUGACAGAGGACGAGCUGCGAGUCAUGCCUGUCCCAGUGGUUGGCACCAUCGAACAGGCCCUGGCGAAAGACGUCUCGGAUGCUCCAAAAUGCAAUAAGAGGGGUGUGUUUGGGGUGUUCACAACAUCUGGCCAGGGCACCCAAAGCUGGGUGGCUCUGCCACAAUGGAAGGUGUUGGUUGAGGCGUCGAGGCCCGUCGCUGUAGAGAUUCCUGACUGCUCGCAAAUGCCAUUCCUCAUCGCAUCAACGAGUGCCAAGGUUGAUUGGGGUCCCCUAGCGACAGUAGCACGCUCCAAAGAGGCUCCCAGGGUCAUUUCUCUGAUGCUGCUUCCUUAUGCUCUGUCUUUGUGCAUUGCGCUGUUAUGCUCUCUGCAUGCGCGGUGGGCUCGUGGCAUCUGCUGUCCAGUGGUUCCUGAGGAAAGAUGUAAACAUGCCAUAUUAUCCCUACAAUCUUCCCCUUUUUGUGAGCACUUUUGGUCUCUUUCCGUGGUGUGA